UAUUCGCUUCUAGGGUUUGCACCUUCUCAUCCAUCAGAAGGAGCCGCAGAGGAAAGAUGCCGUCCCACAAGACGUUCAAGAUCAAGCAGAAGCUAGCGAAGAAGAUGCGCCAGAAUCGCCCCAUCCCCCACUGGAUCCGCUUGAGGACCGGCAACACCAUCAGGUAUAACGCCAAGCGCAGGCACUGGCGCCGCACAAAGCUAGGCUUUUGAGGACGCUCUAUUUCCUGGUUCACCUUUAAGAAACAUUUAUGUUUCCUUUUCUGCUCAAUUAUUCUUGGCAUUGCUCUAGUACUGUAUCUCGUUCCGAGUUCAUUAGCUGAAUUUUGGUCCUCAGUGAUUAAUAUGGAUAUUUGCGUGCUUAAUUAGUUGAAUUUUCUUACGUACGGGAAUGUUGUUGAAUCAUAUAGUUAAUUUAUUAAUUUAAAAAGUUCAGUA